AAUCCAGGGAUUUUGUCAGAUUAGCCCAGAUUACGAUAAGGAUCAUCACUUUAUAUGCAAAUGCAAAGUCACAUCUCUUCCACUGAAAAGUAUUUCUUUACCUUGGCAAAAUAAAUUGGCCCAUUACGCACGUGGGGAUUAUACAUAUAUAUUUUUACAACCGUUGGAAAUCCCAUGCACGAGCUUGUUUUGGGCUGCUGCACUUGAUUCGUGUACCGAGGUAAACCGUGUUCGUUUUGAAUUGCUCGAGCUAUUUGGAAAGGGACCCUCAGAGAAAAGGUGUCGAUGGCUACGUUCCGAACUAUUUUAUUGGAAUUGGGGUCCUCGCUAUCAUAACAAUAACAGCUGCACCAGUUACUCUUUGCGCCACUAGUUUUCUCAAACCUUGCAUGCCACCUUCUUUCUUUACCAUGACAACAUUACCCUGCAAGGAUUGGGACGACAUACGCGGAAAUUUCUUGGCAAAGACGUUACAAGCAGUGUUCGCUGCUUACACCGGUCUAGUUAUUUUUAGCACGUUAACAUUUGGCCUAUUUGUACUUCUAUAUUAUCCAGUUGCUGCGCAGCUUCUGCUCUUAGAUGGCUUAAAAAGAUAUCUGGACCAAGAAAAAAGCUUCCGUAUGAUUUUACUUGUUCAAUAUAGGAAACUCCAAUUGUUGUCACGCCUACUUAACAAUGCCUGGAGAGACCCAGCUAUGCCGUUCGUUGUUGGUGGCAUACUCGUGUUGAAUAGUACGUCACUCUAUGUCGUCCUAUCGUCCAGCGAGAAGAUCCCCUUGCCUGUUUUGGCAAUCUAUUCCGUCGGAGCAGUCGAUACAUUCGUAAUGAUUCAACAUCUCUUCAAAAUUGUCUCCUACCCAUACACCAGAUCCGUUGACUUUAUCAAUGCGGCAAGACGUGGAUUAAAGAAGGCGUCGAGAUGGGAAGUGAAAUAUAUUGUGUCAUGUUUCCCCUUGAAAGUUCAUAUGGGAAAUGGUACCUUUUUCGAUAGAUCAACUUCACUCGUAGCUUGUAGCACUGCUUUGGAUUUGCUCGUCACGUUUUUGUUACUAUAAACUAUGUGCUGUGUUCUAAGCUAUCUACAUCUAAAAAUAAAAUUUGGAUUUCUGAAAAAAUAAUUUUAAAUGGACUUCAAAUUGGUAGAUUCCUGAACCGAGGUAUUAUGUAUAAGCAAAUUGCAAAUCAUAAUUUUUUGUCCCAGUCAGAGUAUAAGCGCAUAACACGUGCCCAAGACACUAAAACAAUACUCCCCAAAUAGUUAGAAAUAAAUAAUAGAUGCGUGUAUGUAUAUAUGUACCUAUGUAUGUGUCGAAUGAGCAGGCCCUAAACUGGGGGUGGGCAAGCAGGGCAAUUGCCCGGGGCGCCAGAAUUUGAGGGGGCGCCGGCAGGUGCCCCGCUAAGCACUAGAUAUAAUUGAUAAUUUUGGUGAUAGCAGAAAGUAAGGACAUCGCAAUUAAACUUUAAAUAUAAAUGAUGCAGCAUAACAAUUAUAAGCAUGGUUUCAAAAAUUAAUGAAUUCAAGAAAUGGAAAUGGCAAUAUUCAAUGUACCAUAAUUUG